AUGACAAGACUAGUUCACCUCGCCGGCGCGGCCGCACUCUUCUUGCUGGCGGCCGCCAUCCCGGCGACGACUGCUGCGGUGGUGCCCUCAGAGGCCGAUGCCCUUCUGGCAUGGAAGGCCAGCCUCAUCGACGCAGCCGGGCUCUCAACCUGGACCCGGGCCACGCCGGUUUGUGACUGGGAUCAGGUGUACUGCGACAAAGAAAGAGUCGUGGAGCUAAGUCUCUACCGACUCGGUCUCUCGGGCGGGCUCGAUACGCUCGACACCCUGGCGUUCCCGGCGCUCACCAUUCUAGGCCUUGGUCACAAUAACCUCAGCGGCACCAUCCCGGUGAGCAUCUCAAGGUUGCGCUCCCUCGAAACACUCGACCUCAGCAACACCACGUUAAGCGGCCCCUUUCCACACCAGCUCUGCGAGCUAGUAUCCUUAAGGGUACUGCACCUGAGCAACAACCACCUCAGUGGAGAGCUACCGAACUGCUGGUGCAACCUCCAGUCUCUGCGAGUCAUGGACCUGUCAAGCAACGGGCUCAUUGGGAAGCUCCCGGACUGCUGGUGGAACCUGGAGGCUCUGGAGGAGAUAGACCUGUCCUAUAACUCAUUCUCAGGUGAAUUCCCAGUGGCUAAGGCAAGCCACAACUGCUCUCUCACCACGCUACAUCUCACCAGAAAUUCUUUUGUUGGACCAUUCCCAUUCUUUGAGGGUUGCGACUCCCUCCACCAUCUGUCCUUCAUGGACCUAUCGAACAACCGGCUCACAGGGAAGCUUCCGUACUGCUUGUGGAACCUAGAGUCUCUGUUGUUCAUGGAUCUAUCUCACAAUUCCUUCUCAGGUAUAAUCCCCGCACCUGUGGCAAGCCACAACUGCUCUCUUAGGUCUCUUUACCUCGCCGGAAAUGGCUUCGUUGGUGUCUUUCCGCCGGUUCUAGAGGGCUGCAACUUGCUGACCACCCUGGACAUGGGGAACAACAUGUUCUUUGGUGUUAUCCCUCCAUGGAUCGGGAGUCAGGUCCCUUUGUUGAGAAUCCUUAGCCUCAGAUCAAACAAUUUCACUGGAGAAAUUCCUCCGGAGUUAUCAGGGCUUUCGCAACUUCAGGUGCUCGACAUGGCAGACAAUAGCUUGACUGGCUCUAUUCCGGUAUCCUUAGGCAGCUUGACCUCCAUGAAGCAUCCACAAAAUCUAUCGACUACGGGACUGCUCCUGGAGUGGAAAUACAAUGAUAGAAUCGACAUAAUAUGGAAGGGCAAGGAGCAGAAAUUCCAAAGAGCGAUCGGGUUAUUAGCCGGUAUUGAUUUAUCUGAUAACUUGUUGUCUCGGUGCAUCCCUAAAGAGCUAACCAACCUUCAGGGCCUUCAGUUUCUGAACCUGUCAAGAAACCAUCUGUCAUGCAACAUUCCUGAAAAUAUUGGUAGUUUGACUUUUCUUGAAUCCCUCGAUCUAUCAUUUAAUGAACUUACAGGUGAAAUCCCUCCGAGCAUCUCAAGCUUAUUGUGGCUAACCACGUUGAAUGUCUCAACUAAUCAUCUGUCGGGCAAGAUACCCAUUGGGAGUCAAAUUCAGACCCUAACCGACCCAUCCAUUUACUCCAACAACUCCGGGCUAUGUGGAUUUCCUUUGGACAUUCUGUGUGAAAAGACUCCGCUCGCCCCGAAUGAGAGAAAUGUUGAAGAGGAGGAUCAGUGGUUGUACUACUUUGUUAUAGCUGGGAUUGUGUUUGGUUUCUGGUUGUGGUUUGGGAUGCUCUUUACAAUUAAGGCCUGGAGAUGUGCAUUUCUUUUCUUCGUCGAUGGCAUGCAAUGUAAGACUAUGAAGAAGGUCCUCUGA